AUGGUGGAUGCAAAACCACCGCCAACGCCCACACCGGGCACGCCCCCAGCUGCAUUUGCCGGCGAAAGAUCGAAAAUCAAAUUGUUUAUGGAAAGAACACCGAGCAUUGGAGCCCUCAAGUCCAAGUUUUUGACAGUGCUCGGUAACAGUAAUGAGCUGCUUAACGGCAUAUCAAAUAAGUUGACAUUGAGCAGCAGUAGCAGCGACUCGGAUUACUGCGAUGACGAUGACGAGGACUUGCCCAAGUUUGAUGAAACCAUUGAUUAUACCAAGAUCGAUUUUGAGGCGCGUCGUGUCAAGGCUCGUCGAGCACACGAGGAGAUCAUCUCAGGUCGUUAUAGACAACCCAAUUUGGCGCCACGUCCACGCUUGGAGCAUUCUCGUGGUCGCCAUGCCAACAAGCUGGGUGGACCACUACGCUCCAGUUCGGGCUCCUCCAGCAGCACAGAUGGCAGCAGCAGUGACAGCAGCAGCUCCAUAUCGCUGCCAGAACAACCUCCAGCUGCUCGAAGCCAUGAGAUGAGCAGCACCACGCACUCCAACUCCAUGGAGAUCGAGUCCCGCAACUCGGGUGGCUAUGAGAGGGCCAGAGCCAUUGCCGGAGCUAGACGCAGCGAACUGGACAUGCAGAAGGACAUGCAGAGGAUAAGUGAACUGCUGGAGGCCACCACAAUGCCACCACAAAUAGACGUACAACCACCCACAGAGGCAGCAGCUGGCGGGACAGCUUUUGGUGGUAUUGGGACACUGGGAAGGCAGUCUUGGGCCGCUGUCAACUCCAUCAGAUUGCCACCUCGCAGUCGCACCUCGAACAGCAGCACUCUGACAAGUCUGCGGGAUGAGCCGGAUCAGAUGCAGGCGAGUCCCAGCAUGGAGUCCAGCGAUUGGCGUAACUUUAUACGUUCCGAGUCCCAGAAUUCCGUGCCCUCUUGGGCCUCUUCUAUCAGUCUGGAUUGUCGUGCUGGCGAGGAGCCCGUCAAGGAAUUCAUGAAGCAUUUCACACAGUUGCUGUUUAACAAUUCAACAGCUGUUAAUCUGGAGCUAAAGUCGGAAUUUGGUGUACUGCUGCGACUGGAGAUUGGACGCCUCUGGUUCACAAGGUUUCUCAGUGAGCAACGUAACAAGUCCAAGCGCCUGGAAUCACUAACAUUGAAUGCUUUGGCCCAGUACUUUGCCUUGGCUCUCUUCGAAUGUGGCGAAUGUGAGGAUUAUCCGCCCGCGGCGGUGCUAAUGAAUCUCUGCUUCCUCUUCUACCAUGAAGUGGAAGUUCCUGGCUGUGAUCCUUAUCGGGAGUAUCUCUUCGUCUCCAUGCGUCAGCAGCCCAUUUGGCAACACGCGCGAUUCUGGAACGCUGUCUUUCACGAGGCCAUGCAGUCGGAGCGGGAACAUCGUCUCUCCUCACAGCUGAGACGUCAGCAGCGUCGCCAGGCAAAGCAGCAGCAGCGGCAGGCAGCCGCAGCAGCAGCAGCAGCAGCAGAAGCAACUGGCGACGUCCCAAUGUCUCUACAUAAACAUGGUGUCGAUUCCACGUCUAGCUCCUCGCAUCAUGGAGGAGCUGCUGGAGCAACAACUGCAAUAUCCAAACGCAAGUCGAGUAAAUGCAGCCUGGGACAACAGCAAACAGUCAAGGAUCAGGAGGACAUUGUAUUUCGGCAACUCGGUGCUUUCACAUGCAACAUGCACUCACUGGGGACCAGUCAGGAAAUGUGCCUCGAUUUUCUAAAAAGACACGUGGUGGCCCACAAUCUAUCUAAGGACAAAGCCAAGCUGAUCAGGGAUAAUAUUUAUCGUAUGUAUCAUGAGACGGAACUCUGGGGUGCCCAGCAUAGUUAGGUGUGAUAUGUGCUGCUUUGCCUACUCCAUGAAAUGUCCCAUCUUGUUUAAAGCUCCAGCACUAAUUUUAUCAACUAAAAGUUUAAACUUUUGUCUCAACUCAAGAUAACCUUUUUGACUUUAAGCAACAAACUUAAACCUUUAACAAAUCUCUUGAUGUACUGUACUCUUAUCUAGUUAAAAUUUGUACUUGCAUUGUUGACUAAAUUUUGAAAAUUGAAAAAGAUAAAAGACAAGUAAAAAAUGAAAUGAAUACAAUAUUGAUAUCCGCAAAUUGUGAUAAUAAUAUUUUGUGAUUACUUUAUACUAUAUCAACAAACUAAGUUUAGCAAAUCAUAAUAAAAUGAAAAUAAUAAUCGUACAUACAUACAAUAUAUUUCAACUAAAGUACAGUCAAGGAAGAUGCUCGAGAAUAAACAAAUAUGUAAUUAACUAUACAAUAUUCUGUAAUAAUGGUGCAAUAACACACAUUUAAUUUAACAUAACAAAUAAAGUUCAAUAAGCAAUUGCAAUAUGCAAAACAAAUUUGUACAAACAAAA